AUGCUAAAUGAUUUGAAAGGCUCUCAAAACACUCAUCUUCAUCAUGCUAAACAUGUAACAAGCUCGGCAAAAUACAAGGAGCAAACAAUUUACCAUCGCAGGACACUCCAAUUUCACAUUCACAUUCCCAUUCUCAUCCUUCACAACCGUAUACGAAACCUGCUUGGACUCCUCAUCAACUUCGUUCAUCUUGCUCCCAAUAAACCUCUUCGCCGAGAAGAACGUGUUCUCGAGGUUAACCACUGCCUGCCUCUUCCCGACCUGCCCUACCAGACUAUCACCGGUCUUGUUGUGCGCCACCACCGACGGCGUCGUCCACUGACCCUCAACGUUGGUCACGAUCGUCGGUUGGCAACCCUUCAUCACCGCCACGACGGAGUUGGCAGUGCCGAGGUCGAUCCCCACCACCGAAUUCGUAGUGACGAGAUGCUCGCUCGUGAAACGAAAAAAAAACAAUCAACUUCCCAAUUCCUCUGCUCUCGCCCUCUCGCUCUCGUACUGAUCGAACUGUUGAGCGGACGCCAACCAGCAACUUCUGUGCUUGCUAUCGCCUUCUCGCUCUGUCCCUCUAAGAAAAUUUGUUAUUUUUUUCUCAAAAGAAGCCAUUUGAUAAGAAACAAGCUUUUGCUCGUGAUUAAACCAAAAGCGAUGGCCGCAUUAGAUUCUUCCGACCGAGUCCCAGUGGCAGAGUCUUGA